AUGCUCCAGGCGAUUGGAGGGACCGUCCCUCCAAACACUGAUCACGCGGUCAGUGUCUCUCUUCCCACAUGGAAGAGCAAUGUCGGUUACGAAGAAGGAGAGGAAUGGGUCGUUGGCCAGAUGGAAUGCGGCUACCCAAGGUUCAUGGUGCACCCGUUGAUCCAGAACCUCGUGAAAGAGAUAAUACAACGUGUUGGAAAUCCAGAGUCGGAAUCAGCAACGGUUUUUCCUUCUUUGAAGACAGCACAGUUAUGCAAGGACUUUCUUGUAUCGAAGAUACCCGCGGAUCAAUCCUCUAAGCUUCGUAUCGUUAACUUCGUCCCCUCUGCCAAAGCCGGAAACGCUGAUGUGAUAUCGCGACUAUAUGCUAUCAUCUACCCAAAGGAAUAUGCCAGCGUCGCCAAACAAGUAUGGCAACACAGUGGACAUGGGAUUUCUAGUCGUCGCGGCGAAUUCUGCUUGAACGCCUUGAAGGAUGGAUAUCUGGUCGAGGAUACUGCUGAAGCGUCAGAGGGAAAGAACUCGGUUAUCUCGAAAGGCCCUAGGCGGUAUCAACAACGAAGCUCUGCUUUAAAGGAGUCGCCUCCGUCAAACCCACCGGAAGGCCGGGAAUAUGCACAAUUCAUUGAGGAACGAUUUGGCCGAAAUCUCAGUUCGGCCUUGGCCGAUGAUGCUAAGAGAGCUGUACGAAGACGAAUUGCAGGCUCACUGACUUCCAAUGCCGAUCUCUCCGAAGCGUUGGAAAGCAAACCUUCGCAUGGUAGGGUUGAAGGCUUAACUGAAGACGAUGUGUUUCUUUACCCGACGGGGAUGACGUCCAUAUUCUCCACCCAUCAAAAUCUUUUGAGUGCUUGGGGUGAUAAGAAAAGCAUCUGUUUUGGUUUCCCAUAUACCGAUACAUUAAAAAUAUUACAGAAAUGGGGCGCUGGUUGCUUAUUUUACGGCCAUGGUUCGCAGGCAGAUCUCGAGGAUCUGGAAGGGCGCCUAGAAGGGGGUGAGAGGUUUUUGGCGCUCUUUGCGGAAUUUCCAGGAAACCCAUUAUUGAAAUCUCCAGACCUGAAACGAAUUCAUGAGCUCGGGCAAAAGUAUGAUUUUGCUGUCGUGGUGGAUGAGACUGUCGGCAACUUUAUCAACGUGAACGUUCUGCCGCUCGCGGAUGUUGUGGUCAGCAGCCUGACAAAAAUCUUUAGUGGUGACAGCAAUGUCAUGGGAGGGAGUGCAGUCCUCAACCCUCAUGGGCGCUAUUACCAAGAUCUGAAGACGACAUUCCAGUCAAACUACGAAGAUAACAUAUGGGUUGAAGAUGCCGUUUUCCUAGAGAGGAACAGCCGCGAUUUCGUUGUAAGGAUCGAGAAGAUCAAUAAAACAACAGAAUUUGUCACAGACAUUCUCAAAGCGUCUCCUUUAGUCAAGGAGGUCUAUUAUCCGAAGAACAGCCCUACAAAGCAUUUGUACGAUGCUUGCCGAUACCCUGACGGCGGAUACGGCGGUUUGUUUUCCGUGACAUUCCACUCGACUAAAGACUCUAUUACUUUCUUUGAUACUCUCGAAAUCCUGAAAGGACCCAGCCUCGGGACAAAUUUCACACUAGGAUCCCCGUACACGCUUUUGGCUCAUUACACCGAGCUUCCAUGGGCCGAGUCCUUUGAUGUUCCUUUCGAUUUGGUUCGAGUUAGUGUCGGAUUAGAAGAGCCGGAAGACCUUGCGAGCCGAAUCCGACGUGCAUUAAAUGCAGUGAAGCAGAACUCUGACUAG